CUGACCGACAUCCGGUGUUUCUGUCUUUCGUGCAUGGCCUGACUUAUCGGUAGCACACGUGUGGUUAAAUUGUUGGUUUGAACGCACUAGAAAUCUUUCACCAUGGACAAGCCCGUUGUCUUAGCUCGCGUGAUGAAAGUGUUGGGCCGCACUGGCUCCCAGGGACAGUGUACCCAGGUGAAAGUUGAAUUCAUCGGUGAACAGAACCGACAGAUCAUCAGAAACGUGAAAGGACCCGUCCGGGAAGGCGACAUUUUAACCCUCCUGGAAUCUGAACGUGAAGCGAGGAGGUUAAGAUAGACGUGAGGAGAGGCUGUCAAGAUGGACUAUUGACUGAAACCUGCCCAAUCUCCAAGUUAACCAUGUGCUGUUCAACUCGUCCUACAGUUAAUAAACUAUCUUGACCAUUUAUCUUUCUA